UGCUUCACACAGUGUCUUCUCUUCAUUGCCCUAGUGAUCACUGAGUUUUAUAUCCUUGCUGCAAUGGCAUUGGACCGCUACGUAGCCAUUUGCAGUCCUCUACAUUACAGUUCCAGGAUGUCCAAGAAUGUUUGUAUCUGUCUGGUCACAGUCACUUAUGUGUGUGGCUUCCUUAAUGGGCUCUCUCAGGCACUGCUGACAUUUCAUUUAUCCUUCUGUGGCUCCCUUGAAAUCAAUCAUUUCUACUGUGCUGAUCCUCCCCUCAUAAUGUUGGCCUGCUCUGACACCCAUGUAAAAACGAUGGCAAUGUUUGUUGUUGCUGGCUUUACUCUCUUAAGCUCUCUCUUCAGCUCUCUCUUCAUCAUUCUUCUGUCCUACCUUCUCAUUUUUGCGGCUAUCUUGAGGAUGCGUUCUGCUGAAGGCAGGCACAAAGCCUUUUCCACUUGUGGUUCCCACCUGACGGUAGUCACUCUAUUUUAUGGAACCCUCUUCUGCAUGUACUUAAGGCCUCCAUCAGUGAAGUCUGUAGAGGAGUCCAAAAUAAUUGCAAUCUUUUAUACUUUUUUGAGCCCAAUGCUGAACCCACUGAUCUACAGCCUAAGGAACAAAGAUGUAAUCCUUGCCAUGCAACAAAUGAUUAGGAAAAUUUUCUUUCAUAAAAUUGCACUUUAG